AUGGAACGGCAGGACUUUCGACCACUACCACAACCGCGACCAGGUGCGCAGUACAUCCAAGACUACCAAGCGUCGAAUGUGUUGUCGCCUCAGCCGGUGCAGCCGUCGAAACCGAUCGCGAACGGAUACCUUGGCACAGCUCUCAUUCCCGUUCCCCGUAUUCAAUCGGACUGGCCAGUCCAAUACUGGCAGGGUCAAGCGAUCAGCACCUCUGGGCUCAAGAAUCUGGGCAACACAUGUUAUAUGAACGCACCGCUGCAGUGUCUGAGUGCCACAGUGCCUUUUGCGCGGUUCUUCUUAGAGAACCGGUGGCAGAGGGCGGUCAAUACCGUCAAUCCAUUGGGAACUCGUGGACAGUUGGCGGGCGCGUUUGCCAAAAUGGUUCAGGAGAUGUGGCAGGCAAAUUUUACCUAUCUGGACCCGACUAAUUUCAGGAGGAGUGUUUGCCACUAUGCACCGUCAUUCGCAGGCGGAGACCAGCACGAUGCGCAAGAGUUCAUCAGCUUCCUGCUGGAUGGUCUUCAUGAAGAUCUCAAUCGAAUUCUGCAGAAGCCGGCAAACGAUGACCCUACACCCGAGCAUGAGGCGGAACUUGAGAGAUUGCCACAACAGAUCGCUGGGGAACAAGAAUGGCAGCGAUACCAGAGGCGAGAUGACAGUCUUGUCGUGGACUACUUUCAGGGCCAAUUCCGGAAUAAAUUGGAGUGUAUGACGUGCCACAAGACAUCCACGACGUAUAACGCAUUCAUGUAUCUCUCUUUGCCAAUUCCCACUGGACGGGGUAUGAGCAAAGUCACGCUGCAGCAGUGCAUGGAUGCCUUCGUCAAGGAAGAGAUCAUGGAGAAAGGAGAUGCUUGGAAGUGCCCCCAUUGCAUGGCGCUGCGCAAGGCCACGAAACAAUUGUCCAUCUCCCGUCUGCCGCCGGUUCUUCUGAUUCAUCUCAAGCGCUUCUCGUACAAAGGGCCCUUCGUAGACAAGCUGGAGACCUUGGUCGACUUUCCGCUCAAAGAUCUGGAUUUGACAAAUUAUAUGCCUUCGCCGUUGCCUCCUGGAGUUGACAAGGGCUUCUCACAGUCGAGUCCAAUCAAGUUGGAUGACCCGCGCUCGCAAAUUCCGCCCUACAGAUACGAGCUGUACGCUGUGACGAAUCAUUUCGGAAGUCUCACCAGUGGACAUUAUACCGCAUUCAUUGCAUCGAAAGGAUCUUGGGUAUAUUGUGAUGACAGUCGUCUGUCAAAUGCCGAAGGACGAGAAAUAGUCGCCAAACCGGCUUAUAUCCUAUUUUAUAAGCGUGUGCCUAGAUGA